CCUUGAAAGUUGCGACCUUUUGCUCUCACCAAGACUCUCAAGUUUUUAAGAGAAUGAAGAUGGUCAAUUUAAGACUUGUACUUCUUUUGGCUUCUGUUUCGUUUCUUGGGUCCCACAUGGCUCAAGCUAACGCAUCCAGAGAAGAAGACGAGGGAAGUUCUGGAACCAAUACUAUUCUUCAAACAAACUCCGAGGAAGAUUUAAGUGGUGACGAAAGUGGAGCAGUUGAAUUGGAAUUACCUGAACUUCCAUCAGAAGAAAAUGCACCAGAAAUAGGUCUAAAUGACAGCAGUUAUCAAAGUCGUUCCAAGAGGAGCGAACCGGUUUUUAAAUGCCACUGUUGGAUUGGAUGGCGAUAUUACAUUAAAUACAAAUAUGUGGACUUUGGCGAGAUUGGUCUGUAUCCGAGACGAGAGGCAUGUAAGCACGAAUGUUCCACGAAAUGUGCACCUUGGUUGGAGAAGAAAGAAUUGUUAUGUCAAAAGAUUGGGGGGCGCUAUGACUCAAGAAAGCAACGCUCUGUAGGCUGUUUCAGUCAGUUUGGUUACCCCAACAGUCAAGAAAACAUCUGGGAGUUUAACAACUUACCAUUUGAAUUGUGCUGUCAGUCAACUGGAAUCAAUUGUGCGGCCUUAUAUGGUCCUAGAUUCUACUACAACUCGUGUCUCGGGUUGUGCGUGAAAAAUACCAAAUCAUGCUGUCCUCCGUGGCUCAUCAACAACCGUCCUUCUACUCCACACUGCUGUGACAACCAUAAAUUCAGCGUUUGCAAGAAGCCCAAAUGUGGAGUUCAUAGCGUACCAUGCCCAAACGACAAAUAAAUAGUUGACCCCUAAAUACACUUAUUUAAAAUGUUGAUAUUAGUUAGAAUUUGUUUGUGGGAGGAGAGGGAAGGGAAAAUUUUGCUCCUAGAACCCAGCCCACUUUGAUGUUCCUGAUUCCAGUAUUUCAUAAAAUUAGAACGGUAGACGAAAGAGAAAAAAAAGGUUGCUUAAACUGCAACAAAUUAAAUAUGCGAUAAGAAACAAAUUUAGUAUAGUAGUAGUAAAGUACAGUACAAAUUUAAGUAAUAAACAGAAAUAAUAAAAUAAGUUAUACUUUC